AUGUCGGCCUCGUGCGGGGUGGUGGAGUGCGUCUUAGUGCUGGGCUGCGCGCGGUGGCUCUGGAAGCGCUGCACCUACGUCGGCAGCUACGAUAGCGCCACUUGGACGGCCGCCACCGCCGACGAAUUCGACUCCGUACCACGUGUCUGCCGCCUCAUCCUCGCCAACUACGAGACCGAUCUCCGAAAUCCGAAGUACUACAAGCCCGCCUCCGGCUACCGCCUGAACCCGGACUGGGUCGUGAAGCGCGUGACUUACGAGGAAACUCUCGGCCAGGCGCCGCCCUACCUCAUCUACCUCGACCACGAGCACAAGGAGAUCGUGUUGGCGGUGCGUGGCCUCAACCUGGUCAAUGAGAGUGACUACAAAGUCCUCCUUGAUAACCGGUUGGGGCAGCAGAUGUUCGACGGCGGGUACGUGCACCAUGGCCUGCUGAAAUCGGCGGUGUGGCUGCUGAAUAGGGAGUCGGAGACGCUGAAGCAGUUGUGGUUGGAUAACGGUCCGGAGUAUGACAUGGUGUUCGCGGGACAUUCUUUGGGUUCUGGGGUGGUUUCGUUGUUGACGAUUUUGGUUGUAAACCAUAGGGACCGCUUGGGUGGGAUUCCGAAGGAGAAGAUUCGGUGUUAUGCGGUUGCUCCUGCCAGGUGUAUGUCCCUCAAUUUGGCUGUCAAGUACGCCAAUGUCAUUCAUUCUGUUGUUUUGCAGGAUGAUUUCUUGCCAAGAACGCCCACUCCUUUGGAAGAUAUAUUCAAAUCUAUAUUCUGUUUGCCCUGCUUAUUGUUCUUGGUUUGCCUGAGAGACACCUUCAUACCUGAGGGUAGAAAGCUUAGAGAUCCAAGGAGACUUUAUGCACCUGGACGAAUGUACCAUAUUGUGGAGAGAAAAUUUUGCAGAUGUGGGAGAUUUCCUCCUGAAGUGAGGACUGCUAUACCUGUUGAAGGAAGAUUUGAACAUAUUGUCUUGUCCUGUAAUGCAACAUCAGACCAUGGAAUUAUUUGGAUUGAAAGGGAGGCUGAGAAAGCCUUGCAUCUAAUGAAGGAGCAGAGCUCUGAAACUGUGACAGACCCUCCAAGGGUACAAAAGUUUGAGAGGUUGAAGACCAUAGAGAAAGAACAUAGAGAUGCUUUAGAAAGGGCUGUUAGUUUAAACGUGCCUCAUGCAGUGGAAAGUGCAGAGAAAGGAGCGUCAGAGAACAAUGAAGGUGAAGAAGCAUCGGGUAGUGGUGGAAGGUCAAACUGGGAUGAGGUUGUUGAAAAACUCCUAAAGAAGAGUGAGACAGCAGAACCAAAGCAGGAAAGGGAUACCAAUGUCUCACAAUAA